UUCUCUCUUGUUGGGUUUUGGGUUUUCGUGAGAUUUUGUGUUUCAGAAAGUUGAGGUUAAGAGUUAGACGGAAAGCAAGAAAGAAAGAUUACAGAGGAGACAAGAGAAAUGGAUAUUGAGACAAGACAGAAUUUCAAAGGUGAAUCCAUGUCUGUGGAGGUUGAGGUUGCUGUGGAUUGGAGAGGAAGACCCUGCAAACCUGACAAGCAUGGUGGAAUGAGAGCUGCUGCCCUUGUUCUUGGACUCCAAGCCUUUGAGAUAAUGGCUAUUGCUGCUGUUGGAAACAAUCUCAUAACAUAUGUCAUUAAUGAGAUGCACUUUUCUUUGUCAAAGUCUGCAAACAUAGUGACAAAUUUUGUGGGGACUAUCUUUCUCCUAUCUCUCUUUGGUGGGUUCCUCUCAGAUUCUUAUCUUGGGAGCUUUUGGACCAUGGUGAUCUUUGGCUUUGUGGAAAUCUCUGGUUUUAUCUUACUUUCAGUUCAAGCCCAUCUCCCUGAACUAAGGCCACCCCAGUGCAACAUGGUAACAGAGCAGUGUGAACCAGCCAAGGGCUUCAAGGCCUUAAUCUUCUUCGUAGCACUCUAUUUGGUGGCCUUAGGAAGUGGCUGCGUAAAGCCCAACAUAAUCUCUCAUGGAGCUGAUCAGUUCAGGAAGGAGGACCCAAAGCAAUCCAAGAAGCUCUCUACAUACUUCAAUGCUGCCUACUUUGCUUUCUGCGUCGGAGAGCUAAUUGCCCUCACUGUUCUUGUGUGGGUUCAGACGCGAUCAGGGAUGGAUGUUGGGUUUGGACUCUCAGCUGCCGCCAUGGCUUUGGGCAUGACAAGCUUGAUAUCUGGCACCUUAGUCUACAGAAACAAACCCCCUUGUGGAAGCAUCUUCACUCCAAUUGCUCAAGUUCUUGUUGCUGCAUUCUCAAAAAGAAAACAAAUUUGCCCAUCUAAUUCUGAGAUGCUUCAUGGGAGCCAAAGUAAUGUAUUGAACAGCAGAGUUGCCACCGUGAAUAUUGCCAGGAAUCUCCAACACACUGAUAAGUUCAGGUUCUUGGACAAGGCCUGCAUUAAAAUCCAAGAUGGGUCUCAAACCAUGGAAAGCCCUUGGAGAUUAUGUACUGUGAACCAAGUUGAGCAAGUGAAAACACUCAUCUCUGUGAUACCCAUCUUUGCCUGCACCAUCAUAUUCAACACCAUUCUGGCUCAACUCCAGACAUUUUCAGUUCAGCAAGGAAGUGCAAUGGACACAAGGCUCACAACAAGUUUCAAAAUCCCACCAGCUUCACUUCAGUCUAUUCCUUACAUCAUUCUCAUAUUUGUAGUUCCUCUAUAUGAGGGUGUCUUUGUCCCACUUACCAGAAAGUUCACAAGAAAGGAUUCCGGAAUCUCUUCUUUGCAACGGAUUGGGGUCGGCCUUUUCGUUGUUACCUUCUCCAUGAUCUCAGCUGCCCUAGUAGAGAACAAGAGGAGGAACUCAGCUGUGAAUUCUAAAGAGAUUCUGUCUAUCUUCUGGAUUGCCCCACAGUUUAUCAUAUUCGGACUAUCAGAGAUGUUCACUGCAGUUGGUCUCAUUGAGUUUUUCUAUACACAGUCCUUGUCAGGGAUGCAAGCAUUUCUCACAGCCAUGACUUACUGCUCAUACUCAUUUGGGUUCUACUUGAGCUCACUUCUUGUCUCUCUAGUGAACAAGAUCACCUCAAAUUCAUCUGGUGGAGGGUGGCUCAGUGACAAUGACCUCAACAAAGACAGGCUAGACCUUUUCUACUGGUUACUAGCUGCCCUUAGCAUCAUUAACUUCUUUAAUUAUCUCUUUUGGUCAAGAUGGUAUUCUUAUAACCCAUCUCUAUCACCCACUCCACCACAUGAUUCUUAUGUGGAAGGAUUAGAGCACCACAGCUUCAGCAAUUCCAAGCAUGUGGCAGAUGACAAUAUUAUACCUUAAAUAAUGUUAUCUUCCUAAUGUUUUCCCCUUUCCUCUCUCACCUCCUGCUUGACUCUUGUAUAAAGAAAAGGAUUAGAAACAGUUAUAUAUACAUAUACAUAAAGGUUGGGAGAAAAUUCCAUGUUGGGUUGAGACCCACUUUAUUGAACCCUUUUAAGUUUGUAACCUUUAGACUUUCCUUCUUACUUCCUUUUUUUCCCUUUCUUUAAUAAUUGACUGUACAAGGUAGACUUUUGAGUGUCCAAAGGUCUUCUUGUACUUGAUUCAUUUCAAGGAUGAAAAGGGAAGUUAGGUCUAAUUCCAUGUCCAAGAUCCAAUGCUUUCACCUUUGUUUUGCUCCUUUCCCUUA